ACCAAGGAUUACAACGCUAUGCUCACAGCUCUCAAGAAACCAUCUGGCGAAUAUCAUUCGUUCUCUCCACAAUCGUCAGGAACUGCGCAACCAGGUAUCAAUGUGAAUAGUGCUCAAUUGAAAGCCCCAUUCGAAAAUGUCCAGCGAAAUCAGUCGAUGCUCGUAUCACAGCCACCUGAAAUGCAGAACUCACUGCCAUUGUUAAAUCAAGUCAAGCCAAAGAUACACAUCCAAGCUCCCAACGUUCCUUUAUUUGUGGCUGCAUCGAAAAUGGCGCUAAACUGUAGCACUGAUACGUUAAACUCGACACGUAAAAUCAUACCCGGAGAACGAUUCGCUCAAGCAAAGUCACCAUCGUCACAGUCGUUGCGGCGGCAACCACCGAUGCUACAGGAACAAGGAACUCCAGAUACAUCCGUCGUGACAUCAGCAUCCACUUCAUUUUUUGUAAACACUUUGAUGCCGUCCGAGUUACCUCCGAUUAUACAGUCGCCCGUUGAACUGUUUAGCGAAGCAGCGAUCAACGCUAUGCCUAUCGAUACAGUGUCAACCCACGAGGUGAACCAGCGGCAGUCGGCGCCGAAUUAUUGCAAUGCAGAAGAAGUUAUCAUUGUACCGGAGACAAAUACAACAAGCAUGGCAAACCAUCCCAUUACAGAUUCCGACGGGUUCGUUACAUACGAGGAGCUGAAGAGAGACCUUCGUGAUUUUAUUCAUACUACAGUAGAAGAUGUAGUAAAAAAUUGCUUCAAUGAACAUUUCUCAAAACUGGCGGCCUUGACGGAAAUGAAUAAAAAGCAUGUGAAUAAGUCACCUACGGAAAUCGACGAUCCAGUUGAAAAUCACAAACGUAUAGAUAAUGAAACUCAGCUACAUGACUGGAACGUUAAAUUAGGAAAUGACGAUCUCUGCGCACAAUAUCUGAUUUACUUUACACGGAUCAUUCCACCGAACUCAUAUGCGAAUAAUGGCGACAGCGCUUGCUAUACCAUCGUCGAUUGCCUUUUCACAAGGGAGUUCUGGACCCGUUUUACGUGGACCGGAAUCAGUCGUGGGCAAAAAUCCAAAAGAGGAUUCAGAGAGUUUGGAAAUGUGUUGCAACUUCUUGUCAAACUAGUUGGCAUCGGAGACCCUACUUAUAGUGCUCAACAAUUGGAGAUGUUCUGUAGAACCCGCCUUUUCCGCUACAGUAAAUCAAGAAGCUCGAAUAAACAACUGCGCAGGUCCGCAUGCCGCCCGGGACGUAAACAUAAGGAUGUUCGAGCCAAUGAAGAUAUCAAGCAUGAAAAUCCACUAGAUAUAGUUGAUGUGCUUCAAAGCGACAGUGCUGAAGAAAGUGAAUAUCAGGAUGAGACGAUGGAUCGAGAGGCAAUCGAGGCCGAUAUUGAGAAUGAUGAUGAAGAAGUUGAUGAUUUCAAUUCAAGUAACGAAAUGUUGGAAUAACUCAUGUGAAACACAAAAAAACAUAUAUCUUAAACGUAAUG